CACACAGCUGUGAAAUUUGCAAGAAGGCCUUUUCUAAAAGAAGUCAUCUUGUAAUGCACAUUAGAGUACACACAAAAGAAAGGCCAUGCAACUGUGAAAUUUGCAACAAUACCUUCGCAUGGAAAAAUAGUUUGGUGAGGCACAUGAAAAUACAUACAGUUAAUAAACCAUACAGCUGUGAGAUUUGCAAUAAAGCCUUUUCUGAGAUAGGCCAUCUUGUAAAGCACACUAGAGUACAUACAAAGGAGAAGCCUUAUAACUGCAAGAUUUGCAACAGUGCAUUUUCACGAAAAAAUAAUCUGGUGAGACACAUGAGAACACAUACAAAGGAAAAGCCAUACAGCUGCGAGAUUUGCAAUAAGGCCUUUUCUGAAAGAGGUCACCUAGUAGCGCACAUUAGAGUACACACCAAGGAGAAGCCAUACAGUUGUGAAAUUUGUAAGAAGGACUUCACAGAAAAAAAAAUCGUCUGGGAAGUCACUAUGAGAGUACAUACAAAAGAGAAGCCAUAUAGCUGUGAGAUUUGCAAAAAGUCCUUCUCACAUGAAACUAGUCUAGAGAUCCAUAUGAGAAUACAUAGAAAAGAGAAACCAUACAGCUGUGAGAUUUGCAAUAAGGCCUUCUAUGCAAAAAGUCAUGUAGUAAGGCAUAUGAGAGCACAUACAAAAGAGAAGCCAUACAGCUGUGAGAUUUGCAACAAGGCCUUCUCAUAA